AUGGCGACGUCCUCACGCCUACGCAAAGCCUUCCGCUAUCCCUCUGAGGACUCCGACUCCAUAUCCUCCGAGCUGGACGAAGAGCACCAAGAAAAGCUCAUCAGCGACCUACAAACGCAAGAUGCGGCCUCCAACGAGCUCUACCGAAAAGCCUUCCUCGCAAUACCACUCAUCGCCGCCCUCUACUUCCUCUACAGCCUGCUUCUGGCCUCAGCAACUGCACAGCAGCGUCUUCUCGCCCUGCUGAGUCUCACGAGCCUGCUCUGCACAACAUACAUUCUGCACUUUCAACCUUUGCAGCCACCAGAUCGGAAAGGAAAGAAGGCAGUGUACAAGGUUGAGGCGGAGAAAGGACCCCUGGAGAGAUAUCUCAUACCACUGAACGCAGGUCUGGUGGGCCUGUUGCAGCUCGCAGCUGUCUUGAGCUGGAGAAGGGGAGAGGCAGAAGCUGCGUGGAGACAAUCUUUACCCGCGUUGAUCUAUGGUUUGAGCAUGUUUGUGAGAUGGCAGCUGGCGCCAGUGGAUCUGGAGGAACUGAAAGGCGCCCGAUACGAGCUCAAAGGGGCCUAA